UCAUCCACAAUACUUCAUGCUUCGCCUCAUCUCUACCACAACCACAAUCAGACACUUUCUACAUACAUCAAUAUUCCGUCGUAGAGAUAGGCAAAGCACACCAGGCCAUUAGAGGGAGAGGCUCUUCAUUUUUCUCUCAAAGACCGGAACACGAGUUAGAACUCACAAUGUCGAGCGAGUGAUGGGAACACCAUAAAGAUUAAAGCUUAAAAGGGCUCGCUCAAGCUGUGCCCGUCUGAGAGAGUGCAACAAGUGGCGAGAUCCCAACUUCUCUCACCAACAAUCCUCUGUUCCGUACACUAUCCGCGCAUAGUUGCAGAAGCUUCAGUACCACGAACUCUUUCCCUUUCACUGACCUAACUUCGAUCGCUUCAACCAAAACUGUAACCCCUCCCUCUUCGACUAUGGCAAUUCUGGCCUCUGGAAUUGUAGCUAAGCUGCUCAAAACCACCAUCGCCUUCUCCGUCAAAUCUCUCCCCUGUUCUGAAAUCAAGUCCACCAGCGGUUUCAUGGCUCUUGCAUUAACAACCUUCUCUUUGUUAUGUUUCAUAGAACAGAGCUUGUAGAGCGUCGUAAGCGCGUCUUUCUUCCCUCGAUUUGAUCUGUUCAAGAGCAAAGAGACUAACGGCAGGAUCACUUUGCAAGCACUGAUUGAAAACCUUGUUGUCUUUAAUUAAUGAGAGGCUGAGUAGAGCCUGCUUCGACGUCGUGGAACUGGUCAUUUGAUUCUCUAUGAUUUCUGGAAUUGUUAUUUUGGUCAGGGGUUUGUGUCGAGAAGACGAUAAAGGAGCUAAAUAAGCUUCGGGGUGAACCAGCAAGGACACCAAAAUUUUCUUGUACAUGGCCAUGAUGUUUUAAUCAUGGAAGGGAAGAUAACCAAUAAUCAAAACAAACAAAAUUACUCUUUAGGAUCAGAUAUCCAUUUGUUGGUUAAAUAAAUUUUAAGAGAAAAAGGGCAAGAAAAAGAAAAUAAAAAAAAUUUAAUAAGGUAUUUUGAUAAUUUAAUGCUUUCCAUCAUCUUAUUUAAGGGGGGUCUUUGUCUAAUGGCUAAAGUACAGGGGGACUUUGUCACUAACCAAGGGGGUCUUUAUAAUUUACCAAUUUAUCCAAAAUUGUAUCUGGCAUUUUUAAAUUUUGGCUUCCCCGCUGGUAAUAACUGUGAAGGGUUGAGGGGUCGUAGACGUCUGUAGACAGCGGUCGAUCUCUUUAUCCUCAAUUAUGAUGUUUCCUUUGUUUUAUCGUUCUAUACAUCCGAUGUUAACACUGCACUCUCGAGUCUCCCGCAAAUUUUCUCUGCAAGCAGCUGUUUCAAGUGGCCCCCAGGAAUUCCGUUGUUCUUCUAUAACUUCAACGAGGAUUCGCAACUUAAAUGGCGCAGUUAGGGCAUUGAAGUUGGAAAAGCCCCGAAGCUUCUAUGGGGACUCUGUAAUUGUUGCCGAUGACGACAAGUACGGGAACAAGCAGGUUAUUAGUGUUACACCUCAGCUUUACAAAUACAUACUUGCCAACGUUCGCGAGCCAGAGAUCCUGCGCGACCUUCGGGAGGAGACUACGACCAUGCGAGGGAGUCAGAUGCAGGUAUCUCCUGAUCAGGCUCAAUUGCUUGCUAUGCUUGUCCAACUUAUUGGGGCAAAACGAUGCAUUGAAGUUGGAGUUUAUACUGGUUAUUCAUCAUUGGCUAUUGCCUUGGUCCUACCAGAAUCAGGUUAUUUGGUUGCAUGUGAAAGAGAUGAAAAAUCUCUUGAGGUUGCAAAAAGGUACUACAAGCGAGCUGGUGUUUCUCACAAGGUGGAUGUGAAACAUGCCCUAGCAGCUGAUAGUUUAAAAUCCAUGAUUUUGAAUGGAGAAGCUUGCAGCUAUGAUUUUGCAUUUCUUGAUGCUGAGAAAAGAAAAUACCAUGAAUAUUUUGAGUUACUAUUGCAACUGGUGAGGGUUGGUGGCAUGAUUGUGGUUGAUAAUGUUCUGUGGCAUGGAAAAGUUGCUGAUCCACUGGUAAAUGACCCAAAGACAAUCAGCAUUAGAAAUUUCAAUAAAAAUAUAAUGGAGGAUAAUCGCAUCAACAUUAGUAUGGUGCCUAUUGGAGAUGGUAUCACAAUAUGCCGCAAAUUGUAACAAGUUAAAAGGAUCUGAGGGCCUUGAAUGAUUCAAUGGGGGAGUAAUUCUUAAAUUUGGAAACUAAGCAAUUCCUACUUCAAAAGGCUACUGUUCACUUGGAGAAUGUUUAUUUCUGAAACUGCAUAAAACUUCCUAACUGAAACAUAGGAAUGCAGGUUUGAUGCCCAGAUAAAUUUUGAUUAAAUGUAGAAACCACCUUGAUGAGAUGUGAAAUUGGGAAUGAUUGAAUAGGAUGCUGUUCAGCCUUUAGUUCCUCUUGCUGUUUAAGAUGAUAGUUAUGGAAAUGGCAAUGUGCUUAGUAAUUCCACUCAAUAAAACCUAUACAACAUCUUUUCUUUC